GUUAUUUGUCUGGUCUUUAGCCUGCUGAGUUUAGCGUUAGCACAUGUUAGCAUGAAUGUAGCGGUUGGGGUGUACAGUUAGUUUGACUGUUAUAGUUUAACAUAUUAAUAACAUUUAUUCUGGUAAGCUCUUAAUAUGGACCCCUCAGACCGUGGCUCGGCGUAAAGUUUGCCAUAGUUAAUAUAUUGUGGAAAUUGAAGAAUGUAAAUAUUAGGUUAGUGUAUUUCUUUGUCCCGGACUUCCGCACUACAAAGAUUCCGUAAACUCGUACUUCCGGUCCACUCUGUCUGUAUGCGCCCCAUCUUUCUUUUCGUUAACAUAGCCUUGUAAUUUCCCAUUAGCCAGUUAGCCCUUACAGUUAAUCACUGUCGCUUGGUUCAGCCUGGUGGAAGAUACUGAGACUCAGGCCUGUUUGGUGCAUGUACAUCACAGUGAGUGUGCUGUUCGUCAGGGCUCGACAUGGACAACAGUCAGCAGUCCAAAGACAGCACGGACCGGUCCGACCUGGUGUCUGAGGACGGGAAGAACAGCAAGUCUGUCGUGUGUCAGCGCUGCGGAUCCAAGGUGCUGUGCCCGGGGAUGGCUGUGAUGGCAGAGAAAGAGCUGUUCCUACCAUCCAUGCGGAAAAAGAGCGGCCUCAGCAACACAGAGGGCUCAGUGGACGGGGACACUCUGACCGCCCACUGGUUUGUGGAGGACAUGUUCACUUUUGAGAAUGUGGGCUUCACUAAGGACGUGGGGAGAAUCAAGUAUCUUAUCUGUGCAGAUUGUGAGAUUGGACCAAUCGGCUGGCACUGUUUGGAUGACAAGACGAGUUUCUACGUCGCUUUGGAAAGGGUGAAUCAUGCAUAGUCUAAAUGCCCAUGAGCCCACAUGAACUUAAAAAAAAUGUGUUGGCAGGCUAUGCAUCUUUUCAUGGAUUUCCUCCCAGAGCUAACCCCAAUCUAAUCCAUCACACACACGCCCACAUACUGUUAUGUGUAUAUUGAUCAUGAAAACAGGACUGUGUCGCUCUCAUUCUCCUCUACCACACUGACAACAGUAUGACCAUCCUGUUCUAAUAAAGAUGUUUUGGGGAAGCUGAUGUUGAAUACCAUACUGCAGCUGUUUCCUGGAUAUUAUGAUGUAACUUCCUUUGUCUCAGUGUCUUUUAAUCCACGGAAAAAUAAAUUCCAAUCAGAU